AACGCAGCCCCAGCAUCUGCAACCCUUUUUCAAUCAAAUCUCCCCUCUGCACAUCGCCGUCAUCAUGUCGCAAGACAAAUCGGCCUUCGGAAUGCCCGGCUUCGUGGUGGACUUCUUGAUGGGUGGUGUUUCCGCCGCCGUCUCGAAGACCGCUGCUGCCCCUAUCGAGCGUGUCAAGCUCCUCAUCCAGAACCAGGAUGAGAUGCUCAAGUCCGGCCGUCUCGACAGGAAGUACGACGGUAUCGUUGAGUGCUUCAGCCGUACCGCAAAGAACGAGGGUGUCCUCUCCCUCUGGCGUGGUAACACUGCCAACGUCAUCCGUUACUUCCCUACCCAGGCGCUCAACUUCGCUUUCCGCGACACCUACAAGUCCAUGUUCGCCUACAAGAAGGAGCGUGAUGGUUAUGCCAAGUGGAUGGCGGGUAACCUUGCCUCCGGUGGUGCCGCCGGUGCCACUUCGCUCCUCUUCGUCUACUCCCUUGACUACGCCCGUACCCGUCUCGCCAACGACGCCAAGUCGGCCAAGAAGGGUGGUGAGCGCCAGUUCAACGGUCUUGUAGACGUUUACAAGAAGACCCUCGCCACCGACGGUAUCGGUGGUCUCUACCGUGGUUUCAUGCCCUCCGUUGCUGGUAUCGUCGUCUACCGUGGUCUGUACUUCGGUAUGUACGACUCGAUCAAGCCCGUCCUCCUCACCGGUACCCUCGAGGGUAACUUCUUGGCCUCUUUCGCUCUUGGUUGGGCCGUCACCACCGGUGCCGGUAUCGCCUCUUACCCUCUCGACACUAUCCGUCGUCGUAUGAUGAUGACCUCCGGUGAGGCCGUCAAGUACAAGGGUACCAUGGAUGCUGCCCGCCAGAUUGUCGCCGCCGAGGGUAUCAAGUCUCUCUUCAAGGGUGCUGGUGCCAACAUUCUCCGUGGUGUUGCCGGUGCCGGUGUCUUGUCCAUCUACGACCAGGCCCAGCUCAUCCUCUUCGGCAAGAAGUACAAGGGUGGAUCCGGUUAAGCGCCUUCCUUCCCUCAUCGAUACCCCAACCUGCGUUUAUGUGGUGGAAGCAGCUAAUCGCGACGUGAGAGAUGGGGAUGAGGUGUACGUGUUGGAGUAGUAACAGGCCCAGCGGGCUGAAGGCUGCUCCUGGUAACGAAAAGCACGACCCCGGGGUGGUAAUACACUCUUGUACUUUACAACAUUCACACGUCAUAUCCGGCUUGCAUUGCUUUGUCCUUCUUGGCUGUACUUCCUCUUUUCAUCGCUUGGUGCACUGGGGAAAAUGGUGGUCUAUAGAAAGUUACGGGUUUCUUUGCACAA